GCUAUUACACUUUGAAUAAUGCAAACGUUCAAAAUAAGUAAAAAUGUUAUUAUCAACAAAAUUCUCACUUAACUGUUUAUUGGGGUUCAAUUUGGGCACUGGUAAAUUUGUUUUAGAUAAAAAAUGAAUUAAUAUUUUUAUACUUCAGCAACAAAACUCGUACUCUUUAAAUUUCUUCGAUGUUCUCCCUUUAAACAACGCCGUACCCCUUCCACAGAUUCUUUAAGCGGAAUUUAAAUCAACAGGUCCCCCCUUCUUUGGCCUCCGUUAUCUAAAUCAACAGGUACGUACUAACUUGCCUCCUUCCUCAGGAAGUGUUCAGCUUCUGUGUAAGUCGAGCAGAUAAGGAAGAGGGAAAAAACGAGCGGUGGUGGCGGCGGUAGCUUUCUGUAGGAUAAAGAAGAAGAGAGGGUAGGUACAGAAAGAGUCCAGGAUGGGCCCACCAGGUGCACCUAUAGAAUGGACAUAAAACGAAAUGGGAACCAUAUGUUGAUGUGCUGAAGGACGAUGCGGCACGCGCCACACUCAUACCUCAGCCUUUACACCGCGAGGAUCACUGACUUCUUCCUAUUGUUGAAGUAAUCGCACGACUUUGACAUACUUGCCUCAACGUGGUCGCUUCUAGUUCGUAGUGAUUUUGUUAGUACUGAACGAAGCUAGAAAUCAACAACGACCUCAACGGUGAUGUUUCAAUCGGACACAAUGUGCUGCUUGAAAUGUAACUCUUUUGUUCGGUGUGAUAUGCAGAUAGACAGAGUUCGAGAUUGAAGGUGGAAAAUUAAGAGUUUUCAUGAUACUUGUGCGGUCGUUUUAGAAGAACUUGUAACAACGGGGCGAAAGUAACAACUUGGAUCAUCGAGAUGAAUGUGUUGAAUAUUGACUUGUUAAACAGUAGUUAUUGAUCGAACGAUAUAAGUGUUUGUGAACUUAUGAUCUGAAAAGUCAACCUUGAAUUUUAGCAAAUAUUUGUGUUGAAAAUUUGAAUUCCAUUUUUAUCAUUUUCAAGAUGUUGAUGAUUGUGAAGGGUCAUUUAUACAUUGAUUUGAUCUAAAAUUUAAUGCAAAUAAAUUUAUGGAUCAUUGGAGAACAUAUUUCACGUAAUAUUGUGACCAAACAAUAUUCAAAGUGUAGUUGAGUUCCCGCGAGGAAACAAAGUGACUGAUUUUAAUAAAGGAUGGCUCUUUUGACAAAUCAUCAAGAUUAUCCAAUUUCCACUGAAAUAAUAACGAAUACAUAUCCUACUACAACAAGAACUUACGAUACGUUGUAUCCUUCCCCAUACAAUUCUCCUAGUUACGAUCCCAUUAAAGUUCCAUAUACAGAAAAUUAUGCGCACAAAGGUGAAUUAACACCUAGAAAAGAAACUGAAGUGAUCAGUUACGAGAAGGAAGUAGUCAUAAAAUAUUCGAGAACUCCAGAUUCCUACGAUAGAAGUUCUUUCAGUGUUUUGACACCUGUAACGCCGCAGAGGUACGAACCCCAACACACGAUAAGUCACACUGCUUCUCCGAGUUCGAUACUACAUGAGGACAGUUCUGUGGAAUACCAUUCACCAGCCUAUUGCUACGAAACCCCACCUCAAGAACAGAAGUGUCAGACCCUCGACACCGGCAAACCAAUGCGAAUGAACGUUGAGCAACGAAGAAACUGUUGGGAACCUGUUACGUCUGCACAGAAACAGAUAUCACCUACCAAUAGUCCUCGAAGGGGAAGACGACGUUCCAGAGAUAUACCACCGUCACCUAGCGUCUUGAAGCGUCGGCGCCUUGCCGCAAAUGCUCGCGAGAGACGUCGCAUGAAUGGAUUAAACGACGCGUUCGAUAAGUUACGCGAAGUUGUGCCCAGUCUCGGAGCAGAUCACAAACUGAGUAAAUUCGAAACUCUUCAAAUGGCACAAACAUAUAUCGCAGCCUUGUGCGAUCUUCUACAAAGACACGAUGAAAAAUGGCAAUAACAGUUUACGUGAAAUUAUAUUUGAGAUUAUCUUUUCCUUGCACAAAAUAAGAAAAAAAUUGAAAUAUUUCAAAUUUGGGAAUCGGUGCCUCGAUCCAUUCAGAGUAUUAAUUAUUUCAGGCAGUGGAUUUAACAUCACAAUCUUUUUGUGUUAUAAUUUAUUUAAUGAAUGAUUGAGAUAUUUUCUUAAUUGUUACUUCCUAUUUUUCUAAAUAUAGAAGAGUCCCAAUUAUCAAAAACAAACGUAAUACUUCGUUAUCUCGUAACUAAGUUCUUCGAAGAAUAAACAGCACUACUCUUUGUCAUAAGGAAAUUCCAAAAUGUAAGAGUUCUUAAGUUUCCAAAAGUUUAGAUUGAAAAUUUGAAAAUUUUCAA